AUGGAUGAUAGCGAUUACAUUAUUCAAAUGCAUCACAUUCGACAGCGGCACGAUUGGGAUUGUGGCAUUGCUAGCUCAAAAAUGGCUCUUAGGAUUUGGACCAUAGACCUAUCGUAUCUGUUUCAAAAAUAUGACGUAAGGAGUACAUUCUUUACUACGACUCUUGGUGCAGAUCCAAAUUACAAUACUAUGAAUUAUUACAACGAUCAAUUUGAAGCCGAUAAAAUUCGCAUUAAUAAACUAUUUAAGCUUGCGCCUAGUCAUGGGAUCCAGAUCAUAAAAAGGACGGUAUCGAUAGACGAAAUUAUAGACCAUAUCGCUAAAAAUAAUGUAGCUAUAGUCUUAAUUAAUGCCUAUAUUGUACGGUGUUUGGAUCGGUCGGACAUCAAAGCGAAGAUGAAGAAAAAGAUGUUUUCUACAAUCAGCGACAAGAUACUCUCCUUGCGAAUUUUUUCUAAUAAAUUUCUUGGACAUUUUGUUGUCGUUUGUGGAUUUAAUCGGAGGGAAAAAAUUAUAUAUUACAAGGAUCCUGGAUCUGAUUGCGAUAUUUGCGCAGCAUUACUUGUAAAUUUUGAUGCAGCAAGACACAGCUAUGGUACGGAUGACGAUAUUCUCUUCAUUUAUAAAGACAAUUAA